GACGACGACGAAGCACAGUUCCCACUUCUCUCACCUAACAACGGUCUUCUUCUUCAUCAUCUUCUUCCGCAUUUCGAGUUCAAAUUUGAUUUGAAUCGCCGCCUCCUUGAUUCGAAUCCUGCAAUGGCGGCUGACGGAGCAUUGUCGUACUCGGUGGCGUCCCUGGUGGAGGAUGUGCUCCAGCAGCACGGAAGCCGACCCCGCGGCCUCGAUUUGGACGCUCGUCGCGCCGAAGAAGCUGCAAUGAGGAGGUAUGAAGCAGCACAGUGGCUGAGAAAUAUGGUGGGAGUGGUGGGAGGGAAAGAUUUGCCAGCAGAGCCAUCGGAAGAGGAAUUCCGGGUUGCUUUAAGGAACGGAAUCAUUCUCUGCGGCGCACUCAAUAAGAUUCAACCUAGCUCCGUGGUCAAGGUGGUUGAGACUCCGUGUGAUGCCAUGCUCAUCCCCGAUGGAGCUGCGUUGUCAGCCUAUCAGUACUUUGAGAAUUUGAGAAACUUUCUUGUAGCAGUGAAUGAUUUGGGAAUCCCUAGCUUUGAAGCAUCUGAUAUGGAGCAAGGAGGGGCAUGCUCCAGGAUUGUCAACUGUGUUUUGGGCCUCAAAUCAUUUGCUGAAUGGAAACAAACAGGUGCAACGCCUGUUUGGAAAUUUGGAGGAAAUGCAAAACCAACUGCAUCCGCAAGACAAAUCAUGCGAAAAAAAUCUGAGCCAUUCAUGAACUCAUUGUCAAGGGCUGUGUCAAUGAAUGAUCGGUCUUUGACUGCUUCAGAGGCUGAGACUGAGAGAAAUACAAUGCCUACUUUGAGCAACCUUGUUCGUAGAAUUCUGUCAGAUAAGAGGCCUGAAGAGGUUCCAAAUCUUGUAGAGUCUAUAUUAAAGAAGGUUGUUGACGAGUUUGAGCAGCGUGUGGCUAGCCAAAGUGAAGCACAAAGCAGAGCAACUUCCAAUGACUCAAUUCGGUCUCUUGCUUACAAAGGAACCUCUAUAAAUAACUCUAGGAACACAAAGGUUGAACAAGCUAAUACGGCAAUGGUGAAAAAAGAGGAUGCCAUUAGUGACUUAGAACUUAAAACAAGAUGCACAAGUCACCAAACAAUUGUUGAUCAACAACAAAGAGAUCUUAAGGAGCUUAAACAAACUCUGUGUACUACAAAAGCAGGCGUACAGUUCAUGCAAAAGAAGUUUUAUGAGGAACUCCAGAAUAUUGGCCAACACAUACAUGGCCUAGCACAUGCAGCUUCAGGCUAUCAUAGAGUUCUUGAAGAAAACCGUAAGCUUUACAAUCAAGUCCAAGAUCUUAAAGGAAGUAUUAGGGUCUAUUGCAGAGUAAGACCUUUCUUACAUGGGCAACCAAGCCAUUCAAGUAUCAUAGAUGACAUUGAAGAAGGUACAAUUACAAUUCACGCUCCAACAAAGUAUGGGAAAGGAAGCCGGUCUUUCAAUUUCAACAAAGUGUUUGGACCAUCUGUAACUCAAGGGGAGGUAUUUGCAGAUAUGCAACCACUAAUCAGAUCAGUCUUGGAUGGGUUCAAUGUUUGUAUCUUUGCUUAUGGUCAAACAGGGUCAGGGAAAACUUAUACCAUGAGUGGACCUAAGGAUCUCAGUAAACAAAAUGAAGGGGUAAACUACAGGGCUUUGGGAGAUCUGUUUCUACUUGCAGAGCAAAGAAAGGACACAUUCCAUUAUGAUGUAUCUGUUCAAAUGAUAGAGAUUUAUAAUGAACAAGUCAGGGACCUCCUUGAUUCUGAUGGUCUGAACAAACGACUAGAAAUCCGUAGUUGCUCUCAAGGACUCGCUGUGCCUCAUGCAAGUGUCGUUCAUGUAAGUACAACUUCAGAUGUUAUAGAUCUGAUGGAUUUAGGGCAGAGGAACCGGGCAGUAGGGGCAACAGCACUCAAUGACCGCAGUAGCCGCUCUCACAGUUGCUUAACCGUUCAUGUACAAGGAAAAGACCUAACAAGUGGAACAAUCCUCCAUGGUUGUAUGCAUUUGGUUGAUCUUGCUGGAAGUGAGAGGGUGAACAAAUCUGAAGUAACAGGAGAUAGACUUAAGGAGGCACAACACAUAAAUAAAUCUCUUUCAGCUCUUGGUGAUGUCAUAUCUGCCCUUGCCCAAAAGAACACACAUGUCCCUUACCGGAACAGUAAACUUACCCAACUUCUCCAAGAUUCUCUAGGAGGUCAAGCCAAAACACUUAUGUUUGUCCACAUAAGCCCCGAACCUGAAGCGUUAGGAGAAACAAUCAGCACACUAAAAUUUGCAGAACGAGUUGCGACAGUGGAACUUGGUGCUGCCAGAGUAAAUAAAGAUUCCGCUGAUGUAAAAGAGCUUAAGGAACAGAUUGCUUCUCUGAAGGCUGCCUUAGCAAAAAAGGAAAUGGAACCAGUGCAUCAAAAGAUGCCACACAGUCCAUGUAACAUGCCGGUUGGAUCUAACAAUAGGAAACCAAUGGAGGAAGUAGGCAACAUAGAGGUGAACAACUCUUCACCAUGGCAAAAGAGACAACAAAGUCUUGAUCUUGAAGAAGAUAUAUAUGGAAAUUCUCCUCUCUGGCCACCAGUCAACAGUCCUGGAGGGGCUUAUUUUUUGGAUGAUAGGGACAUUUCGACGGGGGAGUGGGUGGACAAGGUCAUGGUCAACAAGCAGGAACCUACACCUGGAGUAAAAAACCCGCUUGGCGGUUGGGAAGCAGAAAAUGGUGAGGUGCAUAGCAUUCUUCACCAGAAAUACGUCUCAGAAAAUUCGCACAAUCUUUUCCCAUCAGCCAAUCAGUUUGACAGUACUGCAACUGAUGACUUGGAAGAGCUUGGUCCUGCAACUAGUGAUUCAUCUGAUCCAGAUUUCCUUUGGCAACUCAAUCGUCACUCGAAGCUUAGUAGUGUGGCCACUGGGGUCGGGUCAAAGAUCCCAAAACCAAGCACAAAAACAGCAAAAAGCCCAAACUCUGGGGCCUCGGCUCAUAAAACAGGCUCGAGAAAGAAAAAUGGGAUUGCCCAAUAUUCUCAGCUUAGCGGAAGACUGGCAACUCCAGUUGAAAUGAAACGCAAAUCUGGGAGCCGGAAGUAGGGGAGGGGAAGUCACUGAUUGUGAGAUAUGCUAUUUUUAAAAUCUUUCUUGUUCUUCACAUUGUUUAUUGGGAGUUGAGUGACAACAAGGUCCAAUGUAUAGUGUUUUUCAAUCAUGCUACCCUUCUCCACGUUCUCAUUUUCUGUUUACAUUUGUUGGCUGCUUCUAACAGAAGCACAGGUCAUGAAAUAGAGCUCUUUGAAGCUUUUUCUUGUAAAUUUCAUCAAUGUAUACACUUUUGGGCAUUUCUAAUGAAAAUGGUCUGAUGUU